AUGAUGCUUCAAAGAUUGCUGGUGUCUCUUUUCGCUGGGGCAGCAGUCCCCGCCAUCGCAGGUGUACUGCCUCCGAGACAAGCACCGAGUGCUGCAGAGGGCGUGACAACCAUCACCAGUCCAGGAGGCUCGCAAAUACGCUACAAACAGCCUGGAAAGGAUGGCGUUUGUGAGACUACCCCUGGAGUCAACUCUUACAGUGGAUACAUCGAUAUCGCCCCGGACGUGCAUGUCUUCUUCUGGUUCUUUGAGUCGCGCAGAGAUCCUGCAAAUGAUCCGGUGACGCUUUGGCUCAAUGGUGGUCCUGGUUCCGAUUCCUUAAUCGGUCUUUUUGAAGAGAUUGGGCCUUGCGAAGUGGUUGAGAACAUGACCACCGUACUUCGAGACUACGCUUGGAAUGAAAUAUCAAACGUCUUAUUUCUCUCACAACCAGUUGGAACAGGUUUCUCCUACAGCGAGAAAGAGGUGGGGUUUCUUGACCCUACAUACCUUCUAGUAGACAAGGAGCCAGAAACCUCCGAUGAGCGCGAAGGCCGCUGGUCAGUCAUCGACCCUACCAAAGAAGACACCAGUCGUCUGGCUGCUGUCACUUGUUGGGAAGUGGUGCAGGGGUUCUAUGACGCCUUGCCGCAGCUAAGCUCUUCUAACAUUUCUUCGAUCGAUUUUCACCUCUGGGCUGAGUCAUUCGGAGGGCAUUGGGGUCCGGCGUUUUACACCCUAUUCAACGAGCGCAACUCUGAACUUGAGCAAAGCACUCCGGUCGGGCGCAAACUCAACUUGAAAAGUCUCGGCAUUGUUAACGGCAUCGUGGAUGAGCACGUGCAGACCAAAUACUUGCUUGACUUCACUCGAGGCGAAAACAAUGGCUAUGGCAUCGAUCUCAUUAACGACACGAUCUAUGAAUACGGCAAGUGGAACCGAGAUCGCCCUGGCGGCUGCCAAGAGAAGCUUGACUACUGUGACUAUCUUGAACGCGACUCAAUUGUUCGACGGUCGGCUUGUUCUGCCGCACAAUUCAUCUGCCAAUCCGAUGUUGAGGGCAUGUACUACACUUUCAACCUGGAAGGCCGAGGAACCUAUGAUAUCCGAUUCCCAUCUGGCAAAGAUGUCCCACCUGACAACUGGCGACCCUGGCUGAACACCGCCCAAGCACAAAACGCGCUUGGUGUUGAUCUGAACUACACGUCAAGCAAUCUGCUCUACACUGCUUACACCCUUUCAGGUGACUUUGCGGUUGGAUAUCUUCCGGAUGUUGAAAAGCUUCUUGAACUUGAUGUACAGGUGUCGUUAGUUUACGGUGAUGCUGACUACAUCUGCAACUGGCUGGGAGGCGAGGCGCUCUCACUCACGGCCAACUGGUCCGGGGCUGAGAAAUUCCGCGACGCAGGCUACACCAGCUUGAUGGUGGAUGGUGAAGCCUAUGGCGAAACUAGGCAAUACGGAAAACUUAGCUUCACUCGAGUGUGGAAUGCUGGACAUGAGAUACCUUACUUCCAACCAGCUGCUGCUUUCCAGAUCUUCAACAGAACCAGUAAUCGUUUCGAUAUCGCCACGGGACAAAUCAGGAUCAACCCUGAUAGUACGUAUCAGACGAAUGGAACCGCCAAGACUACCAAGACAACUUCACUUCCGCCUUUGCCGGCACAGACAUCAGCUUGA